AUCUCUCUAUGUUCUGAUCUUGGGAUAGCAGUUACUUAUCUGUUUGUGGCUUUGGAAAGACGGAAUGAGGGCUCUUCCACUGUCCUAUUCACAGAACUGCUGCCCUCCAUCCAUGGGGCUGCCCAACAACAUCUCAGUUCUUAGGCCCAGCAGAAGCGCCACCAGGUUGGUGAAGGUUUGGGCUAAGACAGAUGAGGGUGAAGGCAAUGGAGAGGCCAAGAAGAGCAAGCAGUCCUUGUUUGAGAGUGUUACAGAAGCCCUUGACUUCUCGCAGGUCAGGUCCUCUGAGGAUGCCCAGCUUCUGGAGGAGGCAAGGGAGGCCACCAGAGCUGGAGGACAGAUGAACAGGCAACAGUAUGGUGCACUACGGAGAAAGAUUGGUGGCACCUACAAAGAUUUUUUCAAGUCCUAUGUUGAUGUUGACGGGCAAUAUGUGGAGGACGGUUGGGUGGACAAGACUUGCAAGGUAUGCAAACAGGACACCAGGGGAGAGCCAAGACAGGUUGACAACCUUGGAAAAUAUGUCCAUGUGGCAUGUUUAGAGAAAUCCAAAUCAGCAAACUUCUUCUCCAGGCUUUUCUCAAGAUAAAGCUCUCCUACAACUAUAACCUGUUCUUCUUCUUUCUCAAUAUUCAUAUGUAUGGUGUAUUAAGAAAAAAAAAAAAUCAAUACCUUGUUCUUUGGUAUAC